AUGGAGAAAGAAAAGAAAAGAAAAAGAGCCUAUGAAUACCUAAAGAUCGGGCUCCCACUGGCCCACAGAGCUGUGGCCAGCCUUCCCGCCCUUCUCGCAGACAUCCUGUUUCAGUUCCUGCUUGGAUUUACUUUGGGCAACGUGGUGGGAAUGUAUCUGGCUCAGAACUAUGACAUACCAAACCUGACUAAAAAGCUUGAAGAAAUUAAGAAGGACUUGGAUGCCAAGAAGAAACCCCCUAGUUCAUGAGGCC